AAUAAAAAGCAGCCGGGAAACCCCCUUCUCUCUCUCUCUCAUCAGUACCUGUCUGUUUUGGGUUUCUCCAAUCAGAGAAAAAGAAUGGAGUCAUUCUUGAGAUCAUGGACGGGUCAAGAUCCGAAGGCGGAAGACUACAAGAACAUCGAAUUCUGGUCGAAUCCAGAGCGUGCGGGUUACCUGACAAAGCAAGGAGACUAUAUAAAGACGUGGAGACGGCGGUGGUUUGUAUUAAAGCAAGGGAAGCUGCUGUGGUUCAAGGACAAUCACGUCAACCGUUACUCAGUGCCACGCGGGGUUGUUCCGGUGGGUAAGUGUUUGACAGUGAAGGGAGCUGAAGACGUGCUUAAUAAACCCUUUGCUUUUGAGCUGUCGACCAAUCAAGAAACGAUGUAUUUCAUAGCAGAUUCCGAGAAGGAGAAGGAGGAGUGGAUCAAUUCCAUUGGUAGGUCUAUUGUUCAACACUCCAGGUCUGUCACUGAUUCUGAAGUCGUUGAUUAUGAUAGCAAAUGAUUUCUUGCAACUUUUUCUGUAUAAAAAUUGUUAUAAGCUGAGUGUUGAUGUUUUUCAGUAUGAGAUACUUCUUAUGCUUUUAUGUAAUUAUGGAUCUAUUUUCUUUUCUUUUUUCUGGGUUUCUUGUUGAAUUUUAUAUGUGGCUUUUCUCUGGGUA